AUGGCGGGGCCGGUGGACUGUCACUGCCACCUGGCCGCGGCCUGCUUCCAGCCGGACGUGGCGGCCGUGGUGCGGGCGGCGGAGCAGGCGGCCGUGUCGGCGCUGGUGGUGGUGUCGGAGCAGGCGAGCGAGUUCCGGAGCGUCGUGGAGCUGUCCGAGAGAUUCCCAGGGUUUGUCUUGCCAUGCCUGGGAGUUCACCCCGUUCAAGAGAUUUCUCCAGAGGAGCAGCGCAGUGUUACUUUGAAGGAUCUGGAUGCUGCACUGCCUCUUAUAGAACGUUACAAAGACAAGUUGGUGGGGAUUGGAGAAGUUGGACUAGAUUUCACUCCCAGAUUUGCCAGCACUGAUGAACAGAAGGAAGGACAAAGACAGGUUUUGAUCAAGCAGAUUGAGCUGGCAAGAAGACUGGAUUUGCCAUUAAAUGUUCAUUCCCGCUCAGCUGGAAGACCAACCAUCAAUCUCCUGAAGGAACAAGGUGCUACCAAGGUGUUGCUCCAUGCCUUUGAUGGGAAGCCAUCUGUAGCCAUGGAAGGGGUGAGAGCUGGAUACUACUUCUCCAUUCCUCCUUCCAUUGUAAGGAGUGAACAGAAGCAGAAGCUUGUGAAACAGCUGCCACUAGAAAGUAUGUGCUUGGAAACUGAUUCUCCUGCUCUGGGGCCUGAAAAACAGGUGAGAAAUGAACCCAAAAACAUUUACAUUGCUGCUGAAUACAUUGCCAAAAUUAAAGGAAUUCCAGUUGGAGAAGUUAUAGAAGUGACUACACAGAAUGCACUAAAAGUAUUCCCUAAACUUCAGCACUUUAUUCGGAUAUAGAUUCAGAAACUGAAAUAUAUGAUGUUGCAGAAAGUAUUACUUGUGGUGUAAUUAAUAAAACCAAUUGUUGUA